AUGCGCAGUCCUUGGUUCUUCCCGCUGUCGUGUGGCCUCUCCAAUGAACCCGUAGACAACGGAGCAAGCCCCCCAAGGUCCGCUGAGGGCCUCGCUGCAAUAGGUCCAACAAUGCGCUCGGCACACGGAAAAACCGUUCCCUGGACUGUCCCGCGAUCCAACGGCGACCACACCGCAGACCCGGAAGAGCCGCCAACGGGAACCGGGACACCCGAGCCAGAGGGAAACCAAGAACACCUCAAAUCCACCGGGUCCACCACGCGUGGGCACCCACAUCCAGAACAGAGCGAGGGCCCAGACCCACAGCGAGAGCACCGCGACACCUCCAGCACGCACGCGCGGGGCACAGACCCCUCUGGACGCCCAAGCUCCACGGCCUCCAGGCGCGGCCCAGGAUGCGGUUCCACCACGCCCGUCGCCUCCAGUCCACGCGAAGGAACAACCACAGGGUCCACAGCCCGAAAAAACGGGCCAAACAGGUCAGUCGACCAUGUCCAGUUGGUAAUAUGCGGUGCGUCACAGCCUGUUGGCACUGAAGUUGUUUGCGCAAUGCCAGAGCUGUUAGGCGCUGGUAUUGGGCCUGGGUUGAGUUGA